CUCACGCGCUCACAGUAGCAGUUGUAUCAUCAUCAUCGUCAUCAUCAUCAGCGGGCCUUCACAAAUCACACAUCAACUCAACAACCAUGUCCGCUCCGGGUGCAGAUGCCUCUGGAUCUUCAGGGAGUAACCGCAGGCUGCAGCAGACGCAGGCACAGGUCGAUGAGGUGGUGGAUAUAAUGAGAGUGAAUGUUGAUAAAGUCCUGGAACGAGACCAGAAGUUGUCAGAGCUGGAUGAUCGUGCCGAUGCCCUGCAGGCCGGAGCGUCUCAGUUUGAGACCAGCGCCGCCAAACUCAAGAGGAAAUACUGGUGGAAGAACGUCAAGAUGUGGGCCAUUUUGAUAGCCGUGGUUGUGAUCAUCAUUAUCGUCAUUGUCAUCUGGACGCAGUCAUAAAGUGGCACAAAGUCUGGUUGUGAUUGGAGGAAAAGAUCAGGAUCCGAAGGAGUAUUCACUUCAGAAAGACGAGAGCGAAUGAAUGAACAACCGAAUGCUCUUCCAAUAAGUUCUAACCUGCUGAUUUUCAAAUGCAUAUUUUGUAAACCAUCUUCAAUGGGUUUUUCUUUUUUUUUUUUAGGUUUUGUUUUUAAUGCCUAGAGUUGAAUAUGUUACGAAAUCAAUUCCAAAUAUAUCAAACACACUCCUUUUGUGCUCAGCAAGUGAGACGUGUUACAGAAUUAUUCAGAAACACACAAAUAACAGUUUGCUAUCUUAUUAUAUUGACCAAAACCCAUCUAAACUCAUAUUUUGAAUGUCAUCUGACUCCCUUGUGGACUGUAUUUUAUUGGACUGCUGAAAUCAGACACUCUUUCUGUGCCAACAUGAUAUGAGAGCCUUUCCUGAACAACCACAGACGUGCCAUCAGAUAUACCAACAGACAAACUCCACUGCCAACCUCUAACGAAACACAUGCACAGAAAUAUUAUAUAUAAGAUUGAGAUAUUAUUGAAUUUUGAAGUGAUCACUCACUAGUAAUUUAACUGCCUUACAUCUAUUGCUUUGUGUAGAACUAGUUUGCUUAGAAAUUGCUUCGCUUAACAAGAUCUCAGUAGUAUUGAAUUUUUGGGGGGGUUUCUUCACCUCUUGCUCACGGUGCCAAAACAUUAUUUUAUAGCUUAUUUUGUACGUGUCUCCUUGGAUGUCUCACAUGUGUAUAAAUUGUAAACAAGUGCAAUUCUAUACUGUGGCCUUACAAACCGAAUUGCCCCAAGUUGGCUUAAUAAAACCAGGAUUUAACAUCCUUUUGUACUCACCUAAA